CUAUCGAAGGAGCAAUAUCCGUUGGCUUUGACCGUGGCACUGGUGAAAAGACUACGGCCACACAGAAAAAGUUCGCUCUCGAAUUAGAAUCAUCACAAGAAAGCCAAUCAAGUCAGACACCCUAUGUUUCUGAAUCGGAUUCAUCUCAAGAUAACAAUGACCUUUUGGAGCCCAUGUGGAUCAUAGACGGCAAUAACUUGAGUAGACUUUUGAUUGAGUUCAGAUCACGAUGUUACAGAAAGAGCUUGUUUAAAGAAACGCUGGCUGUCACAGAGAAAAUGGCUGUAAAUCAUGUUUAUUUAUUGAAUCAAAGUAAAGAUUGCUUCGCUUAUUGCAGUGAUCUGAAUAGUAUGAGAAGCAAAUUGAUUGAAUACUUUGACAUAAACAAGUUUUACAGAAAAGCUUCCGAUGAAGAAACCAAGCUCGUAAAUGAUGUAGCAUAUAGUAAAGCAAACGGCACAGCGAUGGAAGCUAAAAACUUGGCAAUCGGACAGUUGACAAAUGUGGAACUAGAAGUAUAUGCAACAGCCUUAUUUAAUUUGAAAACAAAUUACGACAACUCAUUUGGUACUGUUGACGAGUCACUUUUUAUUGAUUCGCUUUUCUUAGGGACAGCCAAUUUUUCCUUAGGGACAGCCAAAGUGCACGUAGUCGCAACGUAAGAUCUAUGGUUUGGAUGUCCUGUAGACAUGGGAACAAGGAUAUACAAUC